GGCUGCGCAGUGUCUAUGAGAAGUGGGCCUGUGUUGAUUUCUGCAGCAGUCAUGGCGCUCGGUGCGACACUUAAAGAGCACCCGUACAGGCAUCUUAUCGACACGCUAAAAGAUGGCAACCUCAAGUUCUUCAACCCAUGUAAAUUAGACGACCCGAGAUACGACAAGCUGCCUCUAUCCAUCCGGGUCUUGCUGGAGGCGGCGAUCCGGAACUGCGACGGCUUCUACACUAAAGAGGAGGACGUGCAGAACAUCUUGGACUGGCAGCAGCAGCAGCAGCGGGCGGAGGUGCCGUUCUCUCCGGCGCGGAUCCUCCUGCAGGACUUCACUGGUAUUCCUGCCAUGGUGGACCUGGCGGCCAUGAGGGACGCCGUGGCCAAACACGGCGUGGACCCCGACCUCGUCAACCCUAAAUGCCCCACGGACCUCAUAGUGGACCACUCGCUGCAGAUCGAUUACAGCAAAUGUGCCAUACAGAACGCUCCCAACCCAGGCGGAGGGGACAGUCCGAACCCGAGCCAGCCUCCCUCUCGCUCAGCAGCAGCCAGGCCUCCGUCCAGAGGGGGCUCCCAGUGCGGGGGCCAGCGGGGCUCCUGCAGUAAAGCUGCCUGCAGCGACCCUCCCACCUCCUCCGGCCGUCCCGCCUCUGUCCAGCAGAUUGAAAACACUCCUCUCCUGUGCCCCUUCCACCUGCAGCCCGUCUCCGAAGUUGAAACAGCUUUGAAGAACCAGGAAAUGGAACUGCAAAGAAACAAAGAGAGACUUCAUUUUUUUAAGUGGUGUUCCAGAGCGUUUAAAAAUGUGAACGUGGUCCCUCCGGACGUGGGCACGGUCCACCAGGUGAACCUGGAGUAUCUGUCCAGGGUGGUGCAGGUCAGCGACGAUCUGAUCUACCCCGACAGCGUGGUGGGCACAGACUCCCACACCACCAUGAUCAACGGCCUGGGCAUCCUGGGAUGGGGGGUGGGAGGAAUUGAGUGUGAAGCGGUGAUGCUGGGCCAGCCGGUGUCGCUGACCCUACCUCAGGUGGUGGGCUGUAAACUGGUGGGCUGCAUCAACCCCCUGGCUACCUCCAUCGACAUCGUCCUCGGCAUCACAAAGCACUUGCGGCAGGCAGGAAUCUCCGGGAAGUUCGUGGAGUUUUUCGGACCGGGCGUGUCCCAGUUGUCGGCCCCGGACCGAACCACCAUCGCCAACAUGUGUCCCGAGUACAACGCCACCAUCAGCUUCUUCCCCGUCGACCACGUGACACUCGAGCACUUUAAAAAGACAAAUUUCACUGAGAAAAAACUUGAAUUACUGGAGUCUUACAUGAAGGCUGUAAAUCUUUUCCGAAGCUAUGAAGAAUCCUCAGAAGAGCCUCAGUUCUCUGAGGUGAUUGAGAUCAACCUGAGCUCCAUGGUCCCCCAUGUAAGUGGACCCAAAAGGCCCCAAGACAGAGUGGCUGUCAGCAGCAUGAAGGAGGACUUCCAGAGCUGUCUAAACGAGAAGGUGGGAUUUAAAGGCUUCCACGUCUCCAAGGAGAAGCAGGACACCCGUGUCCCGUUCCUGCACUGCGGUCAGGAGUACCAGCUGGUUCACGGCUCCGUGGUCAUCGCCGCCGUCAUCAGCUGCACCAACAACUGCAACCCGUCCGUCAUGCUCACCGCAGGGCUCCUGGCCAAGAAGGCGGUAGAAGCCGGACUCGUCGUCAAGCCCUACAUCCGGACCAGCCUGGCUCCUGGAAGCGGCAUGGUCACCCACUACCUCAAUGCCAGCGGCGUCCUGCCUUACUUCAACCAGCUGGGGUUCGAGGUGAUAGGUUACGGCUGCGCCACCUGCGUCGGGAACACGGCGCCGUUACCAGAAGCCGUCGUCGACGCUAUCAAAAAGGGGGACCUGGUGGCCUGCGGUGUGUUGUCUGGCAACAGGCACUUCGAAGGCCGCCUGUGUGACUGCGUGCGAGCCAACUAUUUGGCCUCGCCUCCCCUGGUGGUCGCCUAUGCCAUCGCGGGCACUGUGGGAAUCGACUUUGAGAAAGAGCCUCUAGGUUCGACUUCAGAGGGGAAGGAAGUGUACCUCCGCGACAUUUGGCCGUCCAGAGAGGAGGUCCAGCAGACCGAGGAGGACACGAUCAUCUCCUCCAUCUUUAAGGAUCUCAGGAGGAGGAUGGAGAAAGGGAACACCUUUUGGAACAAGAUUGAAUGUCCGGACUCUCGACUUUUUCCAUGGGAUCACAAGUCCACGUAUAUCCGCUCUCCACCGUUCUUCAGCAAACUGGGCAAAGAGAUUCCUGCUCCCCAGUCCAUAGAAAACGCUCAUGCCUUACUUUUCCUCGGGGACAAGGUGACCACGGAUCACAUCUCACCGGCAGGCAGCAUCGCCAGGGUCAGCGCCGCCGCCAAGUACCUGCAGAGCAAACGACUGACCCCGCGGGAGUUUAACUCGUACGGCGCUCGCAGAGGCAACGAUGCAGUGAUGACCAGAGGCACUUUUGCCAGCAUCAAGCUCCACAAUCGGUUCAUCGGCAAAACGGGCCCCAAGACCCUGCACAUUCCCUCGGGCCAGACUCUGGACGUCUUUGAGGCAGCCGACCGCUACCAGAGGGACGGCACUCCUCUCAUCAUCCUGGCAGGCAAAGACUACGGCUCUGGAAACUCCAGGGACUGGGUCGCCAAAGGGCCCUACCUGCUGGGGGUCCGCGCCGUCAUCGCCGAGAGCUUCGAGAAGCUGCACAGGAAGCAGCUGGUGGGGAUGGGCAUAAUGCCGCUCCAGUUCCUGUCCGGCCAAAACGCCGACACGCUAGAGCUGAGCGGGAAGGAGCGCUUCAGCAUCGCCCUGCCGGAGAGCCUGAGUCCAGGGCAGCAGCUCGCCGUCAAGACCAGCAAGGGAACGUCGUUCUGCGUCACAGCGCUGUUCGACUCCGAGGUGGACGUGAUCUUCUUCCAGCACGGAGGCCUUCUUAGGUACGUCGCCCGGACUGUGGUGAACAACAGUCCGCGAGCCGGACCCGCCGCCGCCGAAUGCUCCGCGUGAGCCGCAGCCGUCCCGGUGCCCGGGGAGAAGAAGACGACGAAGAGGAGGAGGAGGAGGAGGAGGAGGAGGAGGAGGAGGAGGCCGUUCUGUGUUUCGUCCGUUUCAGGACUAACGUCCUCAGACUUUGUUUAAAACCUGUAGCGUGAGCGUCUUUUAAGUUAAUUCGCAAAUGUUUCAGCUCUGACAACAGCAACCCGCCUGCUCACAAGUAAAAAAAAAAAAAAAAACCCAGAAGAAGAAAUAAUGGCGUUCACUCUGCUUGGAGACUGUUCUGCCCGUCGACCUGAUGCUUUGGGUUUCACUGCAGGACUGGAGGGUUUUUCUGUCAACCAGGACGGCGUUCCUGUGGCCAACACUGUUAUGAAAGGCUGAGACGGAGCGCUGCUUGGAGUUUCAGGCCCAGAUGUCCUGACUUCCUGAAUUCUGCAUGAUUUCUAGUUUUUUAGUGGAGCAGAACGUCUUAUGUAAGCUACAGUGCUGGUAAUGUUUCUUUAUUUGGAAAAUAACACCUCUUAUAAUUUACCACAGCGUUGCUCAUCAGUCCUCCUCCCUAUAACCCGACACUCAUUCGGUGCGCGUCACACGUUGUGUACGUCGUUUGGCUUUCAGACAUUUUAUUUAAACUCAUUUUUUUUUUUUUUCCCCAUGUGGUCGACCGAUGAUACAACACACAACCCCAAGUGAUUUUAUUUUCAAGCAAUUGACUGAACUACUUGGAUUUUGUUUCCUUAUGUGUGUGGAUCAUCUCUAAUCCACAUUGGGUCAAAAGUAUACAUACACGCUCCAGUAUAUUCACAAACGCCCACUGAUGUUUUGUUAAACUAGGAAGUUGGAUCUCUACCUCAGGCUUUUUGUUGUACUCCAAAACCAGCUUUUAUUUGAGUUUGGCAUCAUUAUUAUGUUGUGACGCCUGACCGUGUCGAGAAUCAGGCCUCCAACUCAAAUUCCCCCCCCUCAGAUUACAGGAAGUCCGUUCACAGCCAACCCAGGAGCUGCAGGCUCAAAGCUGCCGUCCUCUGGAAGACGCCGCGACACCAGGGUCCCCGUCCACAGCCAGCUGAAUUUACCCGGGAGUCAGCUGACCAAUAAAGACGGAGCGUCCCGGGCUUUCAGGUCAGGCUGGGCUAAUCGGGCUUAAUGGCGAGACGAGAGAAAUGUUAGGAGGUGACAAGAUGAGGCUUUCAACCCCACGGUCUGAAAGCCUGGCGGUGGCUGCGCCCUGCUGUGGGGCCGUUUCCCCCGCCGGAUCAAAUGGUAUUGCAUGCACAAACAAACUAAAUAGUAUGCUGUAGGCUCAGGAAACCAACGUGUUUAACAAGGCGAGCGCUAUCAGGAGGAGCAAUCCAGCAUCCCGCCUGAACGCCACCAGGACCUCUGCGGCUGCACGCAACUCACCGAUGGACAUUUAGGCAAAUGUUAGCUGUGGGGGGGGUGCAUAUAUUUGAGCUUGUGUGAAAAUCCACUGAGAUCCCUGAGGAGGUGCAGCGCGCUCUCCGUCCACCCAAGAAGGGAACGAUAGAAAUGCGUUGAUGGUGGGAGUGUGUAAAUGAUCAGGAGCGAGUCAGGAGCAGCGCCCCCUGCUCUGCCCCUCCUGUCGGUGCUCAGCAGACCCCCCAGCUCUCUCUCUCUCUGCCUCCUCUGGUCACACCACUGCCACGGGGCUCAUCCGACCUCGUCAUGACAAUUACGGCCCCCCCCCAGGUCCCACGCUGUUCAUUAAACGCCUCGCGGUUUUCCUCCCCGUAAUGACUGGUUUGGCUCCAAGCGUAAUUACAGCCGUUUGCGUCUUUGGGGCCCGGCCGAGGCUUAGGGCGCUCUCCCUCUGCAAACAUCGCUUCCACGUCUCGUCAGAGAUGUUUUGGCGAGAAAAGACUGAUUCUCAGCACUUUUCCACCGCGGGCUGAGUUACAGCCUGACCUGAAAAGCAGCACCAUCCCCCGGCAGGAUUUAAGGUGUUCUUUCUGAAUCCACCGCAUGGUGACGUUCUGGUCUGCCCCUUUCACAGUCAACACUGCUGCUCAUAUUGCGGGAUUUGAGGUAAAGAAACGUUUUGUGCGUCAUCAGCUGCCAAAAAAAAAAAAAAAAAAAAACGAUCCAGGUUUUCCUUAUUGUUUUCGUGCCUCGCAAAGAGCUUUAAAACACGUUUAUGUCCUCGUUUGGCCACGGCUUCAUCAGAGGGGGCAGCCAGCCUCCAUUCACAGUGUGCCGCCUCGCUCUGAGCGGCUUGUUGGACUCGCAGGAUGAAAUGUCUUCGAUGGACGGCGGGGUCCGCGCCCCGGGGGAGCGGACCGCCUCACACGGCUGGAGUUUGUAUCAGCACACUUGGAUGUAAAUAAUUUUUAAUAAACGGCAGAGCUGACAUGCUU